UCACAGAGCGAAGGCUGCAGGCGGCGAGGCGCUGAAGGGUGUGACAAGUUUGGUCUGGUCGCUCGUCAAUGUGGAUCAUUUUCUCAGUUCCUUUUUGCUGGUAUGCAUGGAGUUAUGGUAAGAGCACCUCAGUGCAAUGUGGUAGUCUUCAAGAACCCCCUGCAACUAAAAAACUAGACCAGUCCUGUUUAAGGCUGUGUAGAACAUGCCAGCAAAAAGCACAUGAAAACUACAGGCUGAUUUUUAGCCCGCAUCUAGCUCGUGUCCGUUUAUAUCCUCGGCCUCUUUGUUCGAUUUGAUUCACAGUUUGAAAAUGCUCAAAAGUGAAUCCAAAAGCGACCGAGUGCUACGGAGUGCCUCUCCUCACAGAAAUGCAUACAAAUCAGACUUCCACUCCAUCAAAUGCUCUUUCGAGGGCCCAUCCGUCCUUUACUCCUAUGGAGGUAGCGAGGCGCGAGGCAGACCGUCAGGGAGCCGGGUAAAUGAAAUCAAAAACAUCUUUCUUCAAAUGGAUGCCCAACAGCCUCAGGACAGCGCAAACCAAACCAAACCUGGAACGACUAAAUUGCAACUAAGCUCCUCUUCGUACAGGUCUAGCAUGGGAAGUGCCUCCAGCGUGGAAUCGGGCACCUCGGACGUGGUACGAAAAUCAGAGAAUAUUUCAUUUGACAAAGUGGCACUGGCUGAGAAGUUUUCAGAGACUAGAAAGCUCUUUGAGAGUGGACUACCAACAGACAAGGGUGCGCCCGGUAGAUCUGUCAGCCGAUCUUCUGUGCGUAGCGUUUCAGAGGAAGGCAGGUGUGUGAAGAAGCUGACAGAAAAGACAGACCAAAUUCAAGGCAAGGACAGAGGAAGGACUGAGCGUGAGACACCACCACAUAAGCAUGCAGUGAUGAUGAAGAAUGCAGGACCUAUAUCCAGGAGACUGGAGAGCUUCAUGUUAGACAGUGACAAUGAGUCCUUGUCUGGCCCAUCUGUCUCAACGCGUUCCCAAAGUCCAAGUGGUCAUUCCCAACCACCAUCGUCCCCAAACAGUGAGCAUUCAGGUCCACCUUUGUCACCAGAAAGUGACAGUUCUCCCACAUCAUACUCCCUGUGGCCUGACAGCCCUUUUGGCCAGGCAGAUGCAAACUUAACUUCAAAAAAUGAGUCCCAGUAUUCGCCUACACCAGUGAAUGGAGUCUGCGCAGAAGAAAGCCCUCACUGGAGUAGCCAUUGCACGAACACUACAGUGGACAAUGCUAAUGAAACUUCAGUUUCUGUUGUCUCAACAGAACCAACGAUUCUUUUUAAAAGCGAGAAGCGUCAUCGUUUGUCUCUGAGCAGUGGUUCUGGCAGUCCUUCAGCGGAUGGAAAUGAAUGUUUGGAAUCGGAUGUCUCCAAAGAGAAGCAACACAAGGUGGUGUUUGGCUCCCCGAGUCUGUCUACGGUCCGAGCUGAGUUAGUGGUGGUCCAUAAUGAAUCAUCAGAGGGUGAGAGCAAUGAGGAAGAACGCAUUGUGGAUGACGUUUUUGAGGAAGUAAAGAACGAGCAACCUCCCACAGACCUUCCUUCAGAGAAGGAGGUCCAAAUCAUAUAUCAUGAAGAUAAAUCAGGGAGGGAUUUUAGGAUAGGGGAGGAGAAAAAGAAGGAGGGGAUGGACAGAGCAAUGUUUAUAGAAAACAAGGAUCAGGAAAGGCAGGGAAAAUUGGCUGAGGGUAAAGGUAUGCACAAAGAGGAGCAGAAGGAGGAAGAGGAAGACAAGGAGGUGAAGGCAGGACAAGAUCAGGGAGAGCAAGUGCAAGAGGAACCAUGUCCACACAGUGAGAUGAAAGCCAAACAGGACUUGAAGGAAGAGGAGGAAAGCGGCAUGCAGGACGAGCAGAGGGAAACCGAGGAGAAUGUGGAAGAUGAUAGUGAUGUGGUGAAAGAGGGAUUAGACGAAGAGGAUGAUGAACAUGAUGUUGAAGUGUCUGUGGAAGAGAGGCAACAGCAAGUGAAUGAGGACUCUGCUGGGAAGAGACCUUUAAUAUGUGGGAUUGAGAAUGCUGCUUUUGUGGAUGACCGGGAAAGUAAGUUACACUAUCAGCAAAAGGGACAGCACACUGGACCAGACUCUGACCACUUCCAGGAAUAUGAAGAGCUUUCAGGCCUCUCUGAUGAAGAAGACCUCAGCCCAAGGAGGAAGAUCAGAUUCUCCACUGCUCCCAUCAAGGUGUUCAGUACAUAUUCCAACGAUGAAUACGAUCGCAGAAAUGAAGAGGUUGACCCCGUAUCCGCUUCAGCCGAGUACGAGCUGGAGAAGAGGGUGGAGAAAAUGGACGUCUUCCCAGUGGAAAUUCAGAAAGGAGAUGAAGGUCUGGGGAUCAGUAUAAUAGGAAUGGGCGUAGGAGCCGAUCAAGGUCUGGAGAAACUCGGCAUCUUUGUCAAAACCAUCACCGAGAAAGGAGCGGCUCAGCGUGAUGGCCGUAUUAGAGUCAACGAUCAGAUCGUGGAGGUGGAUGGGAUCAGCCUCGUAGGAGUCACCCAACUGUUUGCUGCCACUGUACUGAAGAACACCAAAGGACUCGUGAAGUUUCUGAUUGGCCGAGAAAAGCCAGGGGUCGAGAGUGAAGUAGCUCGAUUAAUCAGUGAAACUCUGGAGCAAGAAAAGAGCCCACAAAAACAGGUCCAACAAGACGACGACACUGACGACCAGGAAGCAGACAAUGGAGAAGAUAUCCCCCAACCUCAAGAAGCUCAGCCUGAAGACCAAACAACUCACAUCCUGCAGGAACGUGAUCACGUCAAGCUAGAAGACCAGCUACUAGCAGGAGAAAAGAACAAGAACACUAUGAAGGAGGAUGGAGAGACUCAAGUGGAAGAGAAGAAGGAGGAGGAGGAGGAGGAGAAAGAAGACGACACAACCUUCGAUUUGGCUCAGGAAGUGUUUGCACAUCUGAAGAAUCAAGGCAUCGUUAUUCCAGAGGACAUGAAUUACACCGAGCUGGACCAAACAUUCAAAGAGCUCCAAAUGAAGCACAACACAACUAUGCUGGAGCUGAAGCAGAUGAAGGAAAAGCUGCGAGUGUGUGAUGCCGAGCGCUUAGCCUGGGAGGCUCGAGGCACAUCUCUGGAGAAGAGUGUGAAUGAGAGCAGAGAGAGAAUAGAGAAGUUGGAGAAAUACUGGCUUGAUGCUCAGGCUCUCUGCAAGACCAUCAACCAGCGACUCAGCGAGGCCCAGAGCCAGCACGAGUCGCUGCAGGUCAAAUACGACAAAACCAACACACUACUACAACAGCACAAGGACCGGGAGGCUGAGUUUAUGAAGAGAGAGGAGGAUUUGAAGAGACUUCUAGAGGAAAGAGAGAGGGAUUAUAAGAAGACUCUGAGAAAGCUUCAUGAAAAGGUUGCUGUUUUGGAAGGUCGAGUGAGUUCGGAUCAGCCUGAGGAGUCCUGCAGUCCUGCAGUAGAGAGCCAGCAGAGCAGCCCCACCUCGGGAUCCUCCGAUAGGAAUGAACAUGCUUCAGACUGCCUCGUCCACGAUGCAGGCUUUGGAGAGGCGGUGCCCCGGACGGAUCGUCUUGACUGCAGCGCUUACAGGGCCAAAGCCAGGCUCGCCCAAGGAGUCCAGCGCAAAAGGCCAUCUCGAAACAAACUCCGAGAGUCCGCUAAGAGCACACAGUCCUCCAUUCAACCUCAGCAAGAAGAGAGUAUAAACGAUAACGAUAUUGAAACUAACCGGAGACGAUCCUACUUGGAGAGCCUCGCCAUACCUGUACCCAGUGCACAACCAGGCUACGAGCAAAGGAGUGAGUUUCAAGGCAGGACGAGGCCUGGAGGAGAAAGAGGAGGUGAUCUGUCUAGCUCUCCCUCCCUUCAGGGUCUUCUGCCUCAUGGAGAAGGCAGCACAAGGUCUAGCCUGUCUCCUCCUAAAGACUCGUCUACACCUCACUCUCCCACGUCCAGCCAGUCAUCCACCGGCUUGCUCCACAACCUCCGUAACAAGAGGUACAAGAAGAAGGAGAGCAGCCAGAGCAGGAAGAGCAAAGAUGAGGAGAGUGACAGCUCAACGUCAAGAAUGUCCAAGAGAAGAUUUCCAGAUUUUGGUGGUCUGCGCAAAUCCGGUGGGAAAGGCCGCAAGCAAGAAAAGGAGGCCCAGCGGGGUUCGGUAGGGAGCAGGAGCUCCAGAGAGCUGGUGGACGAAUCCAGCGGAAAUGCCUCUCCCUCCGACUCUGUAUCCUCCAUCCCAUCCUGCAUGCCUUUUUCCUGGUUCGGAGACCGGGAGAGAUCUAGAGACAGGGAGCGAGAGAAAGAGCAGUCGCUGUCCAGCUGCAGUCUCCCCCACAGUCCUACAGAAGGACACGCGGAGGACGGAACGGAACGAAGGAAUAAGAGCUUCGAUUUGAAUGCCAGCAGUCCUCGCUCUGCCCUGGCGUCUUUAUUGAGUGAACCUCGUACACGAGGACACUCCCAGAAGCCCGUCUUCUCGUCCUGCGAGACCCUCGAUGAUGAGCCUGCUCCUGUCACAAGGCAACACUUGUGGCAGAACCGCCCCCUUUCAGAGUGGACCAAUCAGCAGGUGUGUCUCUGGUUGAUGGGCAUGAGCAUGGACCAGUACAUAGCCGAGUUCACUGCAAAAGGUGUUGACGGCAAACGUCUGGCUGGUUUGGACAGCAGUAAACUCAAGGAGCUGGGGGUGUCGAGUCAGAGAGAUCGCUCCACCAUUAAGAGGAAGCUAAGAGACAUGAAGAAGACACAGGAAAGGUUGGAGAAGCAACGGGCAAAAAAGGAGAAGGAGGUCCGACUGAGUGGUGGUGGUAAACCUGCUAAUCUUGAAUCUGCCUGCUGAAUCGAAAUCGACAAAAAACUUUACACUUCAGGGAAAAUCCCCCGAACUGGGAAACACGGACAUUCCCAGUAGGAUGACAUGUACGUCAUGCGUGUGUGUGCAUGCACUGCAAGUCACUGGAUAAGAUGGGAAUAGGAACCCACUCAAUUGGAAGUAACUUAGAUUCUUCUAGCACUUAACAGUUCCUCUGGUUAAGUAAAAAAUAUUUUGUAUGAUAUUUAAUCAUAGUUUUAUAUUUUAGGACUUGAUUCGUCACCUCCAGACUUAAGACACAAGGUAUCUUAAUUACACUGCUGCUGUUUUGAAUCGAUUCUUGUGUUCCACCUAAAUGAAUUUGUUUAAGUUUAUACUGCCCAUGCAGAGUCUCAUAGUGUCUUGACUGAUAAUGUCCUGAUUUUGGCUAAGUGACAAGUGUCCCUCGGUCAACAAACGUGAGACUCGCGUUACCUUUCAGCAUAUCACACACCGAGGUAUACGACAUCACCAUUGUCCCGUUUGCUCACUCACUUGACUUGAUUGUAUGCUUAGCAUAAAGUAUUACAUAUAAUUACACAAUAUAAUAGUAGGAAAACACAAACGAAGCUUGCUAGCACUACAACAAUGGUACUUCUUUUAGCUAACGUUAAAAAACGCUAAGUAGCUAAGGAGCUGAAUUAUAUUGUGUAAUUAAAACCAGGAGGCAUGUUUCCUAGCAAGAACGUUAACAUUAGGUAGAUUACAGAACAUUAGGUAGUUAAAAUCAAAAGCUACAUUUGUUUAUAGCUCCAUUGUGUCUACAUACUAAAGAAAACCAAUAUAUUUGCACAUGCAGGUUGGGCCUAAAAUUGAGCCCUGGGGUACCCCAGAUGCUUAUCAUAGGCUAAACUAUUAUGAUGUCAUGUCCGGUGAAAUCUCUGGUUGGCUGAUCAAAUGAAACCUAAGCUCCACCCAUGCUGAGCCAGUGAUGCUGGGACAUAUACAAAAUCUAGAGUGGCAGUCCCUAUUUAUUCACACUGGAGGGCAGCAGUGUAACUGAGGUGUCCCAUACAGAACUACUACUAUCAGUGCUGGCAUUCACAAAGAUUUUCCAAGUAAAACUGCUGAUAUUGGGUCUGUCUUAAUGUCCAUAACUGCCAUAAACAGGGAUUUUAUCGUGUCUGAUUUUAACUUUAAUCCGUAGCAAGCAAACGUUUUCGUUACGAAGCACGCGCGCACACACACACACACACACACACAGACACACGCGUGCUUUGCUGAGCAAACCUACUGAGGAAAUUGAGUGUGCACUUUUAAGUAUGUACAUCACCUCCCUUACUAUACACUUUGUCUUUUUACUUUUUUUAAAAAAAAAAUCUGCUUAUUUUUAUCAUCAGCUGUAAAUAAUGAGGCAAUGGUGUCAGUGGAAUUGUGUCAGGAAGAAAGGUCUUCACUGUCUUUUAUGCCACAGAUGGUUUUACCUGUGUAACAAUAAAUAAAAAGUAUUUUACAUGAA